AUGUGUGACUACGAAGAACUUUUCUUCCCAUGUGAACAUUCGGCGUCCAGGAAGAAGUCUUAUUGUCACUUUGCCCGCAACGACCCCAUGCAUCAGUGCUUCAGUGUCAAAAUCCUCAAAAAAGUAUGGCCGCAGGGACGUCCUUAUGAUAGCUGUACAGCGGCCUUAAUGCAGCCAGGCCCGGCGAGCUAG